AUUUCAAAGGUGGAGUGGGUCCUUUACCCCCCAAAAGCCACUGGCUGAAGGAGGAAAAUGUCCUGUCCCCACACAAAAGCAGCUCUCCCAUUCAAAGCCAAGGCAUUCAUUCUCACCAGUUGCUGGCAGCACAGUGCUAUCGCAAGGCAGAGAGAGAGAAAUGCUGCGUAGCUGCUUUGCAAGAGCUUUAGAGCGUCUGGAGGAAGAGGAGAAGGAGGUGGGAGCCAUUGGAGAGAAGGGGGUGGCUACAAGUCUCCAAGGCCCAUAUGAAUCCCUCCGUCUCUCACCUCUUCGCUUGGUGGCCUGCCUCGAAAGCUCCCUGUCCUCAUCAUGUCACUGGAAGAGGAGCAGCGGAAAGUCCAGAUUGAAGAAGCCCUGGCAUGGCUGAGGAGAGAACUGGCUGAAAUGCAGCUGCAAGACCAGCAGUUGUUGGAAAAGCUGUUGCAACUGCACACCGCUUUGCGGGAGCUGAAAGUGGAGAGUGCGGACUGGGAGAGCUCCGACCCAAGCAGAGAUGGCUUUGCAUCCAGGGCCCGGUCCAGUUCAGAAGACAUGGGUGGUCCUGUUUCCCCAAGAAGGUCCUCCAAAGUCAGGAGGGGACGGAGGAAUUCUCUGCCAUGAACCGCUGGAGGAGUCAGCUCUCUGUUUCAAAAGGGUGCUUCUUUCUCUGGCAGAUGGGAAGAGCUGCUAUGGACAUUUCAGCUGUACAGAAAGAUGGGUUUUGGAACUUGGAAAUUAAGUUGGAAAGACUUGGGUCAAGAUGCCAAGUUAAGUCAAAUCUAGGACAGUCUUCACAUGGCUUCUAGAUCUGUUGGACCACAACUCCCAGAACCCCCCAACUACAGAAUCAUGAUCCAAAUCACCUGUAGGGCAUCAGUUUGGUGGACUUGGUGAUCUUUCACACAGAAAACAACUGAAUUCCCUUUGUAUAUUUUGUCUGAUCAUAAAACACCUUGUUGCAUUU